UCCUGCUCGUUAAAUUACACGUUUUCGUGUGAAAGAAGAGCGCGGAGGAGCUCUACGGGGGGGACACACCGAGCCGAGGCGGACACCGAAGCCGGGAGGAAGCGACCUCUGCGCCGAUACGCGUUCCGAGAGGACCCGCCGACGUCCACGAAAAGCUGACAUUGAGAAGGAAGUCUGAUUCAUCUGUGCGCCCAUUGUCUGCCCCCCGACACAUGGCCGACUCCGAGGACCCACUUUAACUCAGUGGAAGGAUUGGAGAAGGAAGUCCAGGUUCAACCUUCAUGAAUUCAUCACACGUCUCAGUAGUGGAGGUGAAGAGCAGCCUCCCAUCAGGCAUGCAGAGCCCAGUAGGAACAGCAAGUGAGCAGAGAGGAGGAGGUGGAGAGGGUGGUGGGGGUCCGGGAGAAGGCCCAGGAGGAGGAGGGGGCCCAGUGGACCUGCGGACAGAGCCCAGGGUGGGGUCUCUUUCUGGGGGCGCGGCAGCGGUCGACACAACCCUGAGAGAGCAGCAGCUCCAGCAGGAGCUUGUGCUCCUCAAACAGCAACAAGAACUCCAGAAACAACUGCUGUUUGCAGAGUUCCAGAAAAAACACGAGGUGCUCACCAGACAACAUGAAGUCCAGCUGCAGGAGCACCUGAAGGUAGUUAGUAAGCAACAACAGGAGCUGCUGGCAGCAAAGCGGCAGCAGGAGCUGGAGCAGAAGAGGAAGCUAGAGCAACAAAGACACGAAGAGCAGGAGAAACAUCGACUGGAGCAACAGCUGCUGCUGCUGAGGAACAAGGAGAAGGGCAAAGAGAGUGCCAUUGCCAGUACGGAGGUAAAGCUGAAGCUACAGGAGUUCCUUCUCAGUAAAAAAGAGCCUGGCAUCGGUGGACUGAACCAUUCCUUCUCCCCAAAGUGCUGGGGAGCCCAGCAGAGCUCCCUGGAGCAGGGCUCUCCUCCGCAGAGUAACACCCCGGGAACUCCUCCCUCCUACAAACUGCCCCCGCUGCUGGGGAACUAUGAGGGCAAAGACGACUUCCCACUACGGAAGACAGUCUCAGAGCCGAACCUGAAGGUGCGUUCACGGUUGAAGCAGAAGGUGGCAGAGAGGCGGAGCUCUCCACUCCUUCGCAGGAAGGAUGGAACGGUUAUCAGCACCUUUAAGAAGAGAGCCAUAGAGAUAUCAGUCUCCUCCCUUUGUAAUAGUGCUCCCGGUUCAGGUCCCAGCAGUCCCAACAGUUCCAAUUCAGCUAUCGCCAAUGGCAACACAGGAUCAGUCCCCAACAUACAGACUGAGCUGAGGUCUCUCCAUCAGACGCUGGGGGCUGAUGGGACGCUGAGUCCUCUGAAUCUCUACACCUCGCCCUCCUUGCCUAAUAUCUCCUUGGGCCUCCCUGCCAACACACACAUCACACCUUCGCAGAAGCUGUCUACCCAACAAGAGGCUGAGCGUCAAGCCAUCCAGUCACUGCGAGGGGGCGGAGCUCUAACAGGGAAGUUCCUCUCCACAUCCUCCCUACCUGCAGGGGUGGGUCAUGAUGUGGAGACACCGCCCCCCAGCUCUCAUUCUGCCCAUUCCUCGUUAUUGCAACAUGUACUACUACUGGAGCAGGCCAGGCAACAGACCGCAAUGCUAGCUGUCCCCAUGUACAGCCAGUCGCCGCUGGUUACAGCAGAGAGAGGCGUGUCCGGUGGAAUGCGGGCGGUCAACAAGCUGCCUCGCCAUCGGCCAUUGGCUCGGACGCAGAGUGCACCUUUGCCCCAGUCCCCUCAGGCCCUGCAGCAGCUGGUGGUCCAACAGCAACACCAGCACUUCCUGGAGAAACACUACAAGAUGCUAUCAAAGGGGGCAGAGCUUCCUAGGCCGCCGCCCACCCACCCAGAGGAGACAGAAGAGGAGCUAACAGAGACCAAUGACAUGCAGGAGGAUGACGGAGGAGCAAGCCUUCACAGGCUUCAGAAGGAGGGGUCGGACGACAGCACACCCCCGUUUGAGGGACUUGGUGUGCACGUGAAGGGCGAGGAGGAGCAUGGGGCGGUGCACGUGAAAGGGGAGAGUACCGAGAGCGAGCUGGAUGAAGAGGAAGAGGAAGAAGACAUCAUCCAGCUGAGGGAGGGCGACGAAGAGGAAAGGGCGGGGUACACACAGGCCUUGCAGCAGCUGGGUGUGUUCCAGUCCUCGUUGCCCCACAGACCCCUGGGAAGAGCGCAGUCCUCACCUGCAGCCACUGUCAAUCCCAUCAAACACCUCUUCACCACCGGUCUUGUAUAUGACAGUCUGAUGCUGAAGCAUCAGUGUGUAUGUGGCAACGCUCACAUCCACCCAGAGCAUGCUGGGAGAGUGCAAAGCAUCUGGUCCAGACUGCAGGAGACGGGCCUGCUGGGCCGCUGCGAGAGGAUUCGUGGGCGUAAAGCAUCCCUGGAUGAAAUCCAGUCUGUCCAUUCAGAGUUCCACACUCUGCUGUAUGGAACCAGUCCGCUGAAUCGACACAAACUGGACCACAAGAAGCUGCUGGGUCCAAUCAGCCAGAAGAUGUAUGCUGUUCUUCCCUGUGGAGGAAUAGGGGUGGACAGCGACACCGUGUGGAACGAGAUGCACUCGUCGGCCGCAGUCCGCAUGGCGGUCGGCUCGGUCAUCGAGCUGGCCUUCAGAGUGGCGGCAGGGGAGCUGAAGAACGGCUUUGCAGUGGUGCGUCCACCAGGUCACCAUGCUGAGGAAUCCACUGCCAUGGGGUUUUGCUUCUUUAACUCCGUAGCCAUCACUGCCAAGCUGCUGCAACAGAAACUGGGAGUGGGCAAGAUCCUCAUUGUGGACUGGGACAUUCACCAUGGCAACGGCACCCAGCAGGCCUUCUACAGUGACCCCAACGUCCUCUACAUCUCCCUCCAUCGCUAUGACGAUGGAAACUUCUUUCCUGGCAGUGGAGCUCCUGAAGAGGUGGGGUCAGGUGCAGGUGUUGGUUUUAAUGUGAACAUAGCGUGGACUGGAGGAGUGGAGCCACCUAUGGGUGAUGUGGAGUACCUCACUGCUUUUCGGAGUGUGGUGAUGCCCAUCGCCCAGCAGUUCAGUCCAGAUGUGGUUCUGGUGUCUGCAGGCUUUGACGCAGUGGAGGGUCAUCAGUCUCCUCUGGGAGGAUACAAUGUCUCAGCCAAGUGUUUCGGGCAGCUAACGCAGCUGCUGAUGGGUCUGGCAGGUGGGCGCGUUGUUAUGGCGCUGGAGGGCGGUCAUGACCUCACCGCCAUCUGUGACGCAUCAGAGGCCUGUGUCUCUGCGCUUCUGGGAGACCCGUGUGAUUCUAUGUUUCAGUGGCCUCAGGAGAAGCCGUGUCCAAAAGCUUGGGCCUCACUAGAGAGAGUGAUAGAGAUCCAGAGUAAACACUGGUCAUGUCUCCAGAGUUUGUCUCAGACAAGUGGCCCCUCGGUAUUGGACAGCCCCUUGGGGGCUCAGGGCCAGUCGGAGGACGAGGCAGAAACAGUCAGCGCCAUGGCCUCCCUUAGUGUCGACGUCGAGCAGCCAAGCUCCGUCCCUGACAACACGGAAACCAGCAGGUCCACAGAGGAGCCAAUGGAAGAAGAGCCUGUAUUGUAAGAGGAGCUUCAAGAAGAACCACACAAAAACUUCACAUUCACCUCCUUCUGGCACCUCCUCUUCCUCUUCCUUUUCCUCUUCCUCCGCAGAGUGUGUGUUGGUACACGCACGCGCAGACUGGGAUUGUGCCGUUUCGGAGUACUGCGAUUGGCUGAGGAGAAUAGUCAGGAGGCGGGAGAUGGCGGGGCCCGUGAAAACACGGACGCAUCUCUUUUCUAUUGGUUCAUCAGCCCAAGGAGGAGCAGACGACUUGUUAGCAUCUCCAUGGAAACCAGAGGAGUAGAGGAUCAGCAAGGAGACACACCUUGUGACCUGUAUUCAUUACCACCUGUACACAGCACCACUGAAUUUUUCCCUUCCACCGCCCACUGACUCUCCUGUGUUUCUGUUUUGUCUCUGCUCCUCGGUUUCCACAGCGGGACGAUGACUGUGGAAACCUUGAAUUUAAAUCCCGCCAAAAUGUCCGACAGCAAGCAGACGCCUUGUCCGUUUGUCUGUCAGAGGGACAGGCUGAGCAAACACGGGGUUGGCUGGCGGAGGAGGAAUGACCUGUUUUAAAAUGAGCAGAGGAGGAGGAACUCGGUGCCUUUUUUUAAAAAACAACUCGUCCAAUCAGAAACCACAAAACACCAUCGCCGCAGCACCUCAGCAAACCAACCAGCCAAUCAGGACUGAAGAUGCACACACACACACUGCUGUUGUUUCAGUCGGUCAGUUCAUUUUUGAGUCAUUGUUUCUUCGUCUGGAUGCCUUAAUUUGUUCUUAUCUCACUAUUUAGCAACCUUGAGAGAGAUGGGAGAGAGAGAAUCACGAGAGUUGAUAGAAAUAUAUAUUCAGAAAUGUAUUUAAACUGCUAAGAAUUGUAUUUUCUUUGAAAUCUUACAAUAUUCAUACCAGGUGUUCCCAACAGACUGAAGAAAAACCUCUAAAGCCAUCAUUACACACUAGACAUCUCCAGUAAAAGUCUCCAUUGAAUAUUAAUAUAGUGUCAAUGAUAAUAUUCAAUCAGACUCUUAUGGGAUCUGGUGAGUGUCUCAGGAUCAGGCCUGUUUUCGCAGUAUUCAUUGUUUGAAAGAUGUGCUUAAUGAAACUGCAUCACUUCAGACCGCCACUCCUCUCUCUCUCUUUCACUCGUUUUGGUUGAGAGUCAUGUGACCUGAGCCCCGUCCCUUCUUCCCUGGAGGGGAUUGUGGGAUUGUGACGCAUUUUUGAAACACCACAACGACCACCACAUCCCUUUUAUUUCUUUUCUUGUUUUGUUUUGUUUUUGUUUUUGUAAUAUUUCCUGUUUGGUGUAAAUACUGUCUCCUGUCCUGUUGCCCACGGUUACGUCACAGCAGACUCAGUGUGGUCACUUUUCUAUAUCUGUACAUACAUAUAUGUAUAAAAACACAAGAUACUUUCUCUUUUUGUAUAAAAAAGAAAAAAAUAAUAUUCUAUAUAAAUAUAUAUAUAUGUAAACAGUGUUUUAUCCAAUCAGAUUGGAUUUAUGAAUAUAUUCUAUUUGGAGAUUUGAUGUUUUAAAGGUUUGGCUGUUUGACAGGAAGUAAGCACAUGGUCUGAUGUCAUCAGACCGCCACCUGUUUGUUUGUUUGUUUACAGAUGUUGAGGGUGGCUGGGUAUUUUUGUCGUGGUGGUAGUUGUUGUUGGAGGUGAACAGCGAGCUCCAUUUCCUCUGGCAGGACCAGGCGGGCAGCGCUGCCCUCCACAGGCAAACAGCGGCAACUACAGGAAAGGAGAUAUUAAGGUCAAAGGUCACUGGGUAAAUAGGUUGGUCCAGUGAUGAUGCAUAUUUACAGUCCUAUGGGGAUGUCAUUCACCUGCCCUGAUCGUCAUACUCCAUAUCACAGCUGAAUCACCAGCGUCUGUGACUCAAAGCUCUAAAAGACUACAGUGUUUGAAAGACAAACUCACCAGAUGGUCCCAAUGUAUAAGAAGAGAAAUAUGUGCCAGCUUAGUUGUACAGUAAUUAAAAUAUACGAUUUACCCUGACCGAGAAAGGUCUGUACUUAAGGGCGUCGAGUCCAUGGAUGUCAGAUACAAAGCUACAAAACUACUGUUCACUCUCUUUAGCUUAGGCAGCGGUACAGUCAUGGUUUACUUCUGGUCAUGUUUGACAACUGUCAGAAUAUUCGCCAGGGAAAAGAGCAGGUCACUGUGAGAUCGGCUGUUUUGUCACAGUUGAGGAUCUGAAUUUAGCUUAACUGACCGUUCCGCUCCAAGGAACAACAAGUAGUUUUGGGCAGCAAAGCCAUUUUGCACACGUUUGUGUAUUGUUUGAUGAAUCCAGUGUGCAGUGCAAAAUAACAAGAACUGAAUUCAGAAUUCAGACCUUUCUUGCGUCAGGGUACAUCGGGUCUUUUGUUAGUUUCUUUGUUGGCACCAGCCAUCAGACCCAUCUGAUGGGUUCACGUUUUCAAUUUUCUUGCUGUAUCAAAAUUUUCUGAUGCAAGUAUCUGAAAAUUUGUUACAAGUAUUUCUGGAUCAUGAUGAAAUGCCAAUUGCUUAUAAUAAAUCAGUGCAUAAAUCAACUUUCAUCACAAGCUAACAAUUGGCUAACCUUUGAAAAACUGAUCUGGAGGUAAUUUAUGUAAAUUCAAUUUUUUUAGCUUCACAACUCAGUCAAUAAAAAACAAACAAAAACUUUAGACUUAAAGUUGAGUAGGUGAAUCUAUUGCAAAGCAUCCUUUAAUUGAAAACUGUGUCCUGGAGCUUUAGAAUGAUGUCACAGUUCUCCAGCUGCAGGAAAACUCUGAAGACAGUUAAGCUGUUUGUUAGCAACUUUCUGUGUUAGAACUCAUCAAGGCUUGAAAAUGGAUGAAUGGUCAGAAGUCCAUACAGGUUAACUGUUGGCAGCCAUGGCUCCAACAUGCUAACUACAGUGAGGUGGUGUGUUCACUGACCGCCAUGAGGCCACCUCCAACCACCAGCUCCUGUUUUAGAGCUUCUCUUGGAGAUGUGGUGUGUUUUCCAGUAUCACUUCACAAACUGACAAAUCCCAUCAGGAGGAGGCAUAAGAUACCGUUCACCACUUGGACUCAAAGGGUCAGAACUGGACCAAUCUAUGAUCCACAUCUACAGAAACUCAACUCAGACCCACUGUUGAGUCACUCAGUAAGCUGACUCUGCCGGACACUAUCUUCAACCUCACUAAAGUCCAUUUCCCGGGACCCUCUGUGGCGUAGCGAGUGUUGUAGCUCCCGCUGCUACCUCUGGGUGUCAUCUGUUCAAAGCAAUACAACACUGGUAACAGAGAUAACUACCAUGUCCAGCUCCAGCACUGACAGCUUACAUCAUCCAUGGAGCUCCCUGUGGUCGAGUGCUGUUUGUGUGAAUGAUCUGUCAGGUGGAAUGGACAGAGUGUGGAUUGAUCAACAGGUUGAUUUAUUGAGCUGUGUUUCCAGGCGGUUCAGUGUAGUCUUUUUGUACUAAUGUAAACACUAAGGCCAUUUUCUCCAUUACACCAGUGCUCAGUAAUAGCAGCGCCUCUUGUUGGGGAGGUAGGGCGGUGGAGUUGGGCAGAUCUGCAACUCAAAAUGUCCAAGACAGAUGAAAAUAAGCCAUCGAUCAUGGUCGCCGUUGAUGUCUGAGCUCGACUGGAGAUCACGAGGGCACAAAGGAACGAAACGGACAGCUGUGCUGGGACGAGCAAGCGGCAACAACCACACCUAGAGAGGCCUGUCAGUUUUAAAAAUGCCUUAAUAUUUCAACUGUUUUUAAAAAUGACCACCAACCGAGACAUGGAUUCAGAUAAUCUGGUAACUGCAGCUUCAGAUAUAUUGUUUUCAACAUUAAGGGUUCAUUCUGCAUUAUUACAACUUGGGCCUUAUUUUUGGUGGUUUUGGUCAUCAUUCGCAUGAGUCAUAAGAACACUAUGUUUCCUGUACAGUCAAGAAUAAUCGCUGACACUUGGUUUGUUCUCCCUGACGAUUUUGUUGUCAAAUGUAGAGGUUUAAAUGAGUGGCUCCCAAACCUUUUGGACUUGUGAUCUUUCAAAGAGAAGCCAUGUCCACUGACAACCUUCAGUAAACUGAAUAUGAGUCGCAAGCAGUUCAACCAAAGAGUGACUGUUUCAUUUGAGUCUUAAGAAGUCUGAAACAAACAUAUAUUUCACAGUAAAAGAUCAGAGAAAAGUUUGCAAAAAAUGACAAAAUAUCUUGCAGAUUCCUUUUUAAAUUUUCAUCUGGCAGACGCUCAGGUUUGUGGUGGCUCAGUGGGCCAGGCUGGAUUACCCACCAGGAACAAUUGGAGCCAUAAGUACUCGCUCCUAUAUCAAAGACAAACUGUAGCCCCGGCUCUCCACAAACAUCUGGAGCCUUAGCCUCACUUUUAAUAUUUGGAAACUAUUUCUAGAUCAUUGUUGUAUUAUUGUUUUCUAAAGCUUCUUAUGUUUCACGGCAGGUUUUCUUGAAAUUUUGAUGCUAAAUUUGAUUAAACACUAAUGACGACAGACUUUUUAACCCAGCGUCUAGCAUGGGUGUCACUGUAGCUGUGAAUACUUGCACGUCUUUCAGGCUCGUUCAUGUCAAACGUACCCUUGCUGUGUUCCAAGGUUUAAGCUUUCAUUGCUUCCUUGAGUUGAGCCAAAGCUACAAUAAUAAGGCCCGAACCGGAAGCCUCCUCGGUUGGUUGCUGCUUGGUCUUCUGCCAGCGGGCACACAUCCUGAAGCUUCAGGAGGCUGCUUCAGCGCAGCUCAGCUCUGGUUAGUGUGUGCUGAGAUGAAUGGGAGGUCAGAGGAUCAACCACGGCCGUCUGGAGAUUGUGAAUGAAAAGAGGGGCCACUUAGAGGACCCUCUGCCCUGCGAGUUGCAACAAUACAAUAAAUACAGAGUCCGAUGGUUUGUGUCAUCAGGGUGAUGAAACCUUUCUUCUCCAGAGGCUACACAGCUCUACUGUUGCUACCACCCACACACACACUAAGGUGAAACGCACACUUUAACACACACACAGACUAUUUUGCUACAUGAGUUAAUACUGUAUAUUUCUUGAUAUGUUUGAUACUGUGGUGUACAUGUAGUGUCCUGCUAUGAUGCGGUGCGGGGGGAGGGGUAUCUUUGGACUUCUGGGUGGGACAGAGGAGGUUCAGUAUCAGUGUGACUGUCACCUUCUCUCUCUCGCUUUUACCUCCUUGUGUUUUUGAGGGGAGACGUCCUCUCUGUUACCUUUCUCUCGUCCGGCUCGUGACCGAAAAUUUGGAAAAAAGCCGUUUUGUUGGAACUGAUCACAAGCACAUUCCUGACUAUUCUCUGUCUGUGCUGUCGUUUUAAUCCAGAUUCUUUCUUGUUGCGACAAUACAACAUGUGUCUAGUUCUCGCUGACUCACAUGUAUAUAAAGCGCAUAUAUGUGUACACAUGUGCAAUACACGCUAUUCGAGCAAUCUAUUACUGUGACUAUUAUUGAUGAUGAUACUUGUCCCUUUUUCGAAGUUUCAGCCCGUUUUUUUCUUCUUGUCCUGAUUUCCUGUUGAUGAAUUGUGUUGCAGGAGCUUAAAAAGGGAAGAAGGUGACUCUUGUGAUUCUUCACACUCAGUUUCAUUUCAGGGGUUUGUGGACAUUUUAAUGAAGCCCUUUUUUUAUUACUCUCACUGUAAUGUUGUGACGUUGAUCCUGAUUAUCUGUUUCUUUGUUGUUUUUUUUUUA